GGUAACCGUGUUGUUUAUGUUCGAAUUUGACGAAAAGCCCGCCACUGAGAAUGAGAUAACCCUAUUUAAAAAUUUCAACGUUUAGUGGUUUUAGUGAUGAAGCGCGUUAAAAAUAAGGUGCAACCACAAGUCACAAAAAUUUCGGAUUUUUUCGCCAAAGCCCCUUGCAAUGGGGUUGACAAUAAGAGGAAGCUGCCGGAGUGUUCAGUGCUAAACCCUCUAACUAAUUUACCCCAAAAAUGUGAUCAAGAAGUUUCACCUAAAUGUAAAAAAAUCAAGUGUGAUGAAAAUGACACGGUUGUGCCGCCCCCAUACUCUGUUAAUUUUAAAGUAUGUACCCCCGACAAGGGGUUGAAGCCCUCUACAUCUAUGAAGACACCCACUCCAAGUCAAAGUCCACGUUUGAACAAUAGGACUCCUCAAAGUGGUAAGAAGGGGACCCCCAGAAAGCUGUUUGAAAAAUCGCCAAGGAGGGUCGAGGACUUUAAUGUACAGUUGCUGGAAGCUUUCGUGAAAAUGUCGCCUAGUUUGUCCAAUAAAAAAAUUAAAAUCAAGUGUACACCAACCAAAGUUGCAGAGGAGUCACAAGGAUUAAAAAGAGGUUCUCCUGCUCAAAACCGCAACGAAACCACUCCCUCUAAAUCACCCAAAACGCCCUCUUUAGUGUCGCCGAGGGCCAAAACGAAGCUCAGUUUUUUAGACAGUGUAGACGCUUGUUUAAAAAAAGAGCCAAUGGAUGACGAUUUUGACCUAAAACUCGAGUGUGAUAUUUUAGACGACGAAUUUGAUUCGUUGCUUAGUUUUGAAGAUGAAUUUAGCACUCUUGACCUGCAAAAACCCCAACACUGCACUAUUGUGGACAUUAAUCAGUCAGAUCGAGGGGUUGUUUUAAAAUUAAAAUCCAGUAAAGACGGACGUAAGGGUAAAUGUAGUGUUGAAGAAUUCUGGUCGUCAGGUCACUUUAAAGCGGGUGAUAGCGUAUACAUAAAUGCGGAAAUGGUUGGAAAUAAGUGGGUUAUCAAUAAUAAAAAAGGGUGGCUGGUGUAUGAGCCGGAUUUACUGAUUCCGUGUACGUCAGUCGUUGGGAGUCUUUUUUGCAAACGAAAGGGCGUCCUGUCGGACCUUUUUCGGGGUUUUGAGGGCAGCAACCGUAUUAUGAUAGUCGGGAUUUUAACCCACACACUGUUACAACAAGCGUUAAAAAAUAAACUAACAACAACUGAAGAGAUCAGAGGUCUGAUGAAGAGCAUUCUCGAAUCUAAAGACACCGUGAAAAAACUGUACGAAAGUGACCUAACUCUCCCCGAAAUCGAAACCGAACUGGAAGUUUUCCUCCCCAAACUUGUCACUUUCAUCGCCGAAUACAUAAAUCGCGAGAGUCAGCCUGAAGGUUCAAACUGGCAAGGAAAAAUUUGCGAAAUCAACGACAUUGAAGAAAAUUUGUGGUGUCCGGAAUUAGGGAUCAAAGGCAAAAUCGACGUCACCGUGCAGACGGAAAGCGAUAUAUCACCCCUAGAACUGAAGACUGGAAGGGCCACCAUGUCGCUAGAACACAGAGGACAAGUGGUCUUGUAUAUUAUGAUGAUGAAUAAAUUCGGCUAUAAAGUCUCGUCGGGUUUAUUGUUGUAUUUAAAAGAAGGCGUUUUGAAGGAAAUUAAAGCGAGUGCGGAAGAGAAAAGAGACGUGAUGAUACUGAGAAACGAGUUUGCGUAUUUUUUGUCUAGGGGGGCUGGGAGUGGGGGGGUUAAAGGGGUGGGUGAGAUGCCACAGCCCUUGAAUAACCACAGGGUGUGUUCAAAGUGUCCCUACAACGUCAUUUGUACCUCCUAUCUAAAAUACGAAAAUCACGAUUUGUCGCACAACAAGUCUAUCAAAGAAGUCCAGACGAAAGUAACGUCGCAUUUAACCCAACCCCACUUAGAUUAUUUUCUUCUUUGGAGCAACCUUCUAACUAUGGAAAGUAGUUCCAAUAAAAUGUCUAAGUCAAUCAAACAAAUAUACACAGUCAGUCCAGAAAUGAGAGAAUCGUCAGGUCGGUGUAUUAUUAACUUGAAAAUUACGCACGUUGGUGAUGACCAAAAUGGCCUCUAUGAACACACGUUUGAAAAACCACAUUCCAGUACCAGUCUGACAGUGUCAGACAUCGCCGAAAAUAACUAUAUCGUGGUUAGUACGGACACCAGACCUGCCGUAGCCACGGGAUUCGUUACUGAAAUUUCCCCCACUAAAAUCAGUAUACUUCUGGACAGAAACCUUACUAAAAAAUACCCACAACAUUCCUUCCAUCUGGACACUUACGACACCAACAUCACCUACAGCUUCAACAUGACCAGUUUAUCUCUCCUGCUCGAGGACACCCCAAGGGCCGCUGAACUCCGCGACAUCAUAAUAGACAAAAAAGCGCCCACAUUUGUAGCCAAACUGCCGUCGGCGGUGGCCAAACGCGGCGCUUCCAUCCUGAAAAGACUGAACGUGGUGCAGCAGAGAGCGGUCCUGAAAGCCCUCUGCGCCAACGAGUUCCUCCUGAUUAAGGGCAUGCCGGGAACGGGCAAAAGUGCCACGAUUGUCGCCCUCAUCCAGCUCCUCCUAGCCCUAAACAAAAGCGUCCUAGUCACAAGCCACACUCACUCAGCUAUCGACAACAUCUGCAUCCGCUUGCAGCAACGCGGAGUCGAUUUUUUACGCCUGGGGUCUGAAAGCAAGAUCGACCCUAGUGUGAAGGCGAACUCUGAGGCGACGCUGACCAAAGACUGCACCACACCGCAACAAAUGGAAGAAGUGUAUAGUAGAUACAAUGUAAUCGCGGUUACUUGUUUGGGGUCUGGGCACCCUUUGCUCUCUAAACGCACCGUGGAUGUUUGUAUCGUGGAUGAAAGCACCCAGGUGGUGCAAACGUCGGUGUUGAGACCGUUGCACGCAGCUAAAACUUUUGUUCUGAUUGGGGACCCGCACCAGUUGGCGCCUGUGGUCAAGAAUCGGGCCGCUUCGGAGGCGGGGAUGUCGGAGAGUUUGUUUGAGAGAUUGGAAAAUUCGGAUGGGAUAAUAGCGCUUAAUUUGAAUUAUCGGAUGAAUCGGACCAUUACGGACCUGGCUAACGUGUUGACGUAUAAUGGGGAGCUGAAAACCGCGACGGACGAGGUGGCCAUGAGGACUUUGCAAAUUCCGAAUUUUGAGACAGUCCAAACGCUUUACAAAGACCACCCCUGGCUCCUAAAAGCCUUGAACACCUCCCUGGAAACCGCCGUCCAACUCAUCGACACGGGACCCGUGUGGCAGCUCCCCCACGACGUCAAGUGGAACUCAAAAAACCUCAAAUUCACAAAAGAUUACGACCUCCAAAACUGCCUCAAUAUCCACGAAGUAGCAAUCGUAGUAACCCUAGUUAAGGCUUUAUUAAAGGGCGGCGUACCCGCCAGCAGCAUCGGCGUAAUCGCAACCUAUAGGGCCCAAGUGGCUCAAAUCUCGCAGUAUCUCGAAGAAAUGAACGUCGAAGUGAGCACGGUCGACCAGUUCCAAGGACGCGAUAAAAACGUGGUGAUUUAUUCGUGUACGAAGUCGGCAGAUGGCGCCAAAGGGAGCAAAGACACGUCAAGGUUCGAAAUAUUAGAGGACAAAAGACGUUUGACUGUGGCCAUCACGCGAGCCAAACGCAAACUGUUAAUAGUCGGUGACGUCACAACCCUCCAAAGACUGUCAACUUUCUCGAAAAUCCUGCCGGCGCUCGAGAAAAACACCAUCAAGUUCGAUUCUUCGUGGUCAGCGGUGUUCAAUUCGCUUCAUUAAGAUUUUUUACGUUUUAUACUGAUUCAAAUAAAGUAAUGUUAUUUUUA